AUGGAACUGCAAGAUGAUACACCAGUAUUAGGUCUCCAUUUUCAUGUCAUAGGGGAAGGUGUAGUUCGUGUAGGUUCUGGUAGACAUGAGCGUCUCUUUGAUAAAGAGAAUUACAUUGACUUCAGGAUGCGUCUUCUUGGUGAACCAGGUCAUACACCAUCAUUACUCUCACCGGGCAUUCACAGCUUCCCAUUCAAACUAGGUCUUCCUAUGGGGUUGCCAUCUACAUUCUUAGGUACUCAUGGCUGGGUUCAGUACUACUGCAAAGCAGCCUUGAGAGAACCAAAUGGUUUAACUCAUAAGAACCAGCAGGUUUUCAUUGUUAUGAAUCCAAUAGAUCUGAAUUUGGAACCACCAGUGUUAUCGCAAGAGUUGGAGUGCAGCAUCGAGCAUCGCAUGGGCGUGGGCUGCGUUGGCGGAGGCGCCGUAGCCUGCCGGGUGACCCUCGACCGUGGCGCCUACGUGCCAGGCGAGAGUAUCGCCCUGUCUGCGCAGCUGGUCAACAACUCCCGCACCGCUAUCAAGUGCACCCGCGCUGCUCUCACUGAGACGAUCCAGUACUCGGCCCACGGGAAAGUGGCGGCAAAGGAGGUACGCGAGCUGGCAACACUGACACACGGCAAGACCCGCCCCGGCGCCACGGAUUGGUGGCGGCGAGAGUUGCUCUACGUGCCUCCCCUUCCACCGACCAACCUGCGCGGGUGCCACCUUAUCGCCGUUCACUACGACGUCUACUUCAUAAUCGAGCCGAAGAACCUGGAGAAGGAGGUGAAACUUCGGCUGCCGAUAGUGCUGGGCACAUAUCCGUUCCGCGAACAAGGCGAACAGCCGCCCACCCAUUACCCCACCACGUUGCCGGUCUUCCGCGCCUGGCUGCACGACAAGCCUCGC